CCCUGUCCAGCAAGCAGGCUCUCUGCCAGCAAGGGACCUCGACCUCUUUCACACAAUUUACUUUCUUCAACACUGAUUUGCAGAAAUGUGGAAACUCAGACCUCCAGUUGAUUCCCCACUGGUCGGAAGAUACAAGCCUGUUUUAGAGGAGAAGAAGCCUGUAGACCCCAUGUCUUUGAUCCGCCUGAACAGGCUGUCCCCUGAAGAGGAGUUUCCUUCUCUGAGUUGGAACCAUACAUUCAUGGCGAAGGUCUUGACCCUUCAAAUGUACAAACGGCAGUACAAUCGAGCCACCGACAGCGGAUUCACCUUCGAUGAUAUCAUCCGCCCCGGACUUGAAGACCCAGGGGAUGCCACAGGCCCAGUGUCAGUGGGCUGUGUGGCAGGAGACGCCCAGUCCUAUAUCGUCUUCUGCGACUUCUUCGACCGCGUCAUCGAACUCUACCACCAGGGCUACAAAAUGACCAGCACCCAGCAGAGUGACUUCAACUACAACAACUUGAAGGGGUGGGAUGAACUGGACAGCCAGUGUGUAGUUAGUUGUGAGGUGCGUGCAGGGCGCUGUGUCGAAGGCUUCUCCUUCCCACCACACUGCAGCAGAGGAGAGCGCAGACGGCUUCUCUCGCUGGCCAAGACAGCCCUUAGCCACCUGGAUGGCGAAGCAGGAGGUACACUGUACUCUCUGCAGGAGCUGGCAGGGCACUCCUUGGACAUCCCUUCAGAAGCCAUGCUAAGGACCGGAGUGGCGAGGGACUGGCCUGAUGCUCGGGCAAAAUGGACCAGUCAGGACAAAAGCCUAGUUGUCUGGGUAAACGUGGAGGAUCACCUUCAGCUGGUCUGUACAGGCACAGGCUGCAACAUUAAAGAGGCAUUUAAAUGCCUGUGUGUCAGCCUGCAGAAGCUGGAGGAGCUGUACAAGAGGAUGGGGCACCCAUUCAUAUGGAAGGAGCACCUUGGGUACGUGCUGAGCUCUCCAGCUCAGGUGGGGACCGGCCUGAGGGCCAGCAUGCAGGUGAGGCUCAAGCACCUCCACCAGCACAAGCAGCUGGGAAACAUCCUGGAGAGACUGCGCCUACAAAUGGCCAACACAGGCUCUGCAGGCGGUGGUGUCUUUGAGGUCUGCACUGCACAGACCAUCGGCUUCACCGAAGUGGAGCUGCUGCAGCUGCUGGUGGACGGGGUGAAACUGCUCCUGCUCAUGGACAAGACGCUGGAGCAGCCAGGCGGGACCAUCAAACACCUCAUGCCUGCUCAGAAGUAGGGCCUUGGGAAACAAAAACGGAACAUGUCACGCUGGGUGAAGCAGGAACUGUUUCUGCUUCAGUGAUGCUUGUAUCAAAGCAAAUAGCAAAUGCAUUGCACUUCAAUAUGAGAAUAAAGGACAACCAUUGGGUGUCUAAAAGGAACUAAGAACCUGUCAGCAUGUGCCUGAUUCACAGAGAAAGAAUUUGACAACUCACCCGCUGAGCAAAGACUAUGCUCCACAUUAAAUAGCAUUUGCUCUGAAAAGGAAGAAGUGUUUCAGGUUUUUAAGCAAGUGUUAAUUUUUUUUUUUAACGGUAGAUGUUUAACACAAAAAAUGUAAAUGUUUAAAAAAACAAAUAA